AUAGGGGAGAAUUAAGGCUGUACCCUCGGAGAAGGAGCGGCCACUUUUGAAGUGACUUCACGGUGCGCGGUUGGGUGCGGACUAGGUGGCAGCUGCGGAGGUGUGCGGGCGCCUGAGGUCCACGCGCUCAGCUGGGAGCAGCCAGGACCGCACGUGGGCGCCGCGCGCUUCCCACGCUUUCCAGGUGGGCGCGGGCCGCCAGCCCAGCCCCUGCCCGGCCCCGGGGAUGUGCGCCCUCCGCGCCGCGCUGGGACUGCUGCUCCUGGGGGCGCUCCAAGCUUUCCCACAGGAUCGACCCUUCAAGGACGACUGUAGAAACCCCAGCCACUACUACAACGAGAGCGUCAGAAGGUGCUGCUACCGAUGUCCCGAGGGACUGUUCCCGACACAGCAGUGCCCACAGAGGUCUGCUGACUGCAGGAAGCAGUGCGAGCCUGACUACCACCUGAAUGAGGCCGGCCGCUGCACAGCCUGCGUGAGCUGUUCUCGAGAUGACCUCGUGGAGAAGAGGCCAUGUGCGUGGAACUCCUCCCGUGUCUGCGAAUGUCGACCUGGCAUGUUCUGUGCCGUGUCUGCCGUCAACUCCUGUGCCCGCUGCUUCCCCCACUCCGUCUGCCCAGCAGGGAUGAUUGUCAAGUUCCCAGGCACAGCACAGAAGAACACUGUCUGUGAGCCGGCUUCCCCAGAGAUCAGUACUGCCUGUGCCAGCCCAGAGAACUGCAAGGACCCUACCAGUGGCACCAUCCUGCAGACCAAGCCCACUCUGGUGUCCCCAGCAACCACUAAUGCCAGCACCGUGCCUCUAAGCGGGGUCGCCCAUCUCGCCCAGGAAGCUGCUUCUAAAUUGACAAUGGCUCCCAACGCUCCCUCCUCUGUGGGAUGGCCUAGUUCACAUCCAGGUCUGUCCCCAACACAGCCAUGUCCACAGGGGUCCGGCGAGUGUAGGAAGCAAUGUGAACCAGACUACUACCUGGACAGGGCUGGCCGCUGCACGGCCUGUGUGAGCUGUUCUCGAGAUGACCUGGUGGAGAAGACGCCCUGUGCAUGGAACUCCUCCCGAGUCUGCGAAUGUCGACCUGGCAUGUUCUGUGCAGUGUCAGCCAUCAACUCCUGUGCCCGCUGUGUCCCCUACCCGAUCUGUGCAGCAGGGAUGGUCACCAAGCCCCAGGAUAUGGCUGAGAGGGACACCACCUUUGAGCCGCCAACCCCGGUGGCCCAGCCUGACUGCAUCCUCACCGCAGAGAAUGGCGAGACGCCUGCCAGCACCAGCUCCACCCUGAGCUCCCUGGUGGAUUCCCAGGCCAGGAAGACGCUGCCCAUCCCAACCAGCGCUCCCAUGGCUCUCUCCUCCACUGGGAAGCCCAUUCUGGAUCCAGGGCCGGUGCUCUUCUGGGUGAGCCUGGUGCUGGCCGUGGUGGUCGGUGCCAUUGCCUUCCUCCUGUGCCACCGGAGGGCCUGCAGGAAGCGAAUUCGGCAGAAGCUCCACCUGUGCUACCCGGUCCAGACCUCCCGGCCCAAGCUGGAGCUUGUGGAUUCCAGACCCAGGAGGAGCUCAACACAGGUGAGGAGUGGCGUGUCGGCGACAGAAUCCAGCGCAGAAGAGCUGUGGUUAAUGCGCCCUCCAGCACAGCCAUUGGAGAUCUGCCACAACGUGGGGGCAGCCAGCCUGGAGAGCCUGCCGUUGCGGGAUGCCAGCCCAGCCGGAGGCCCCUCGCCUCCCAGGGACCUUCCUGAGCCCCGGGUGCCCACGGAACACACCAAUAACAAGAUUGAGAAAAUCUACAUCAUGAAGGCUGACACCGUGAUUGUGGGGACCGUGAAGGCUGAGCUGCCCGAGGGCCGGGCCCUGGUGGGGCCGGCAGAGCCUGAGCUGGAGGAGGAGGAGCUGGAGGCAGACCAUGCCCCACACUACCCCGAGCAGGAGACAGAACCGCCUCUGGGUAGCUGCAGUGACGUCGCCAUGCUCUCGGUGGAAGAGGAAGGAAAGGAGGCCCCCUUGCCCACAGCUGCUUGUGGAAAGUGAGGCCUGGGCUGGGCUGGGGCUCGGAGGGCAGCUGGGUAGCCACUGGGAGGCCAGAGUGGCACCGUUGGCACCAAGCUUGGUCCAGCAUCUAGCGGUGGACCGGCCCGUCAUUGCAGGGGUCUGGUGGUCUCUGCUUGCAUCUCCCACUUAGCUGUCCCCUGACCCAGAGCCUAGGGGAUCCGGGGCUUCUACAGAAGAGACAGUCCAAGGCGACUGGGUCCCAGCAGUGAUGUUGGUUGAGGCAGCAGACAGAUGGCAGGACUGGGCCCUGCCAAGAAUAGCAUUGGCCCCAGAGACUUGGGCAUCAGACCCUCACCACCAGGCCCAGAGCCCACCGAGGGAGAGGCCAUGAGGCCGGCUCCCAGUGCCCCUGAACCCUAUUCCCUCUCUCCCUGGAUGUCAGAGAUGACAACCAUUGAGCCUUCCGGCAUGCCCCCAGUUACUAUAAAUGUGGCCCCCAGUGGGCACGGGGUCAGUGCUUGUGGUUGUCUCUCCUGAGUCAAGAGGGAAGUUCAGGGAUGGGGUGUGGUCAGCUGGCACUGUCUCUGCUGCCACGGCCACACGGCACUCUGCACUGGCAUGAGGGCCCCUGCCCAGUCCCAGCCCUGCCUGGGCUGCGGGACCCUCCUGGUGCUGCCCACCUUCCCUCUGUCGCCCCCUUGGUGGGCUCAGGAUCAAGUCACUCAUCUCAGAAUGUCUCCACUGAUCCCCACCACAGCAGGCAUCUCGGGACCCAGAUGUCUGCAGCCCUCAGCAGCUGCAGACCGCCCCCCAGCAACCCAGAGAACCUGUUUUGCUUUGCCCAGGGACUUCCUCUCCACGUAGACAUGGGGAACUUGGGGUGCUGCCCAGGGUUCUUGAUCGCUCUCUGUGGACCCCACGCGCUCUGUCCUGGGAAAUGAAGAGGCAUCUUCCUUAGAUCUGCCCUGCUUGCAAAUCCACUAUCACCGGCCCCGCCAUCUGGUUCUGGCUCUGCACCCAUUGGGGUGUGGACAUCGAGAGGCACCACCGCCUCCCCCAGACAUCUGCCUUACUCUGGACCGUAGGAAACAAGACUGUUUGGAGGUUCCAUCUGGAUUUUGGGUGUUUCACAUUUCACACUAAGGUGUUUAGCGGCCCUGACUUUCAGUCCGCUGGCUGGCCUGCUCUCCAGGGCCUUCAGUGUGUAAGCAAACGAGUGAUGGAUGAGGGUGAGUCUUGGAGCUGCGGGUAGCCUGGAGACUCGUGGACUUACCGCCUGGAGGCAGGGCUGGGAAAGCUGCUGUUUACUCAUCGGCUGGCCACAUGCUCUCUGGAGGAAGUGAUAGUUUCUGAAACUGCUCAGAUGUUUUGGGGAAAGUUGGAGAAGCCGUGGCAUUGCGAGAGGUGGUUACACCAGAAACUGGACGUUGGCCAGAAGCGUAAGUGGGCAGAUGCUAUUUUGUGGAAGGAUGGAGUGGGUGUCUCUGUAUCACCCGGCUGUAAGUUACACUGGGCAGCACGUGCCUGUCAGGCAGAGUAGUCUGGUGCCCUUAACGGGAGAGAUUGAUACGUUUUAACAAAAUACUUCUUCACCCCGUGGCCUUUCAUGCAACUUUCAAAUCCCUAAAAAUCCAUAAAAUUCUUAAAAACAAAGAACUGUAA